AUGGAAGUUCUACGAGAGUCUUAUGGUUUGAUUCUAUCUCAGCGGAAGUUCGCCCUUGAUUUACUGCAGGAAUUUGAUUCUCUCCACAAGUCGCCUGUUUCUUGCCCUCUUGACCCAUCUGCUCACCUACUUGCUCAAACUGGUGACUCUAUCCCUGACCCGACCUUGUAUCGCCAUUUGUUGGGCAAACUAAAUUACUUGACAUACACAAGACCGGAUUUAUCCUACACUGUACAACACCUUAGCCAAUACAUGCAGGAUCCUAUACAACCUCAUCUCAAUGAUGCACUUCAUGUCCUCCGCUAUUUAUUGAAGGAUCCUGGACUUGGGCUCUUUAUGUCUUCCUCACCUUUAUACCAGCUCCUUGCCUUUUGUGAUUCCGACUGGGCCACUUGCCCUAAUUCGCGCAAAUCCGUCAGUGGCUUAUACAUCUCUCUUGGCUCAUCCCCAAUUUCAUGGAAAUCAAAAAAACAAACAUCCAUUUCUCUCAGUUCUGCAGAAGCUGAAUACCGUUCAAUGCGACGAGUUGUGGCUGAGCUCACUUUGUUGGUACGCUUAUUUGAUGAUCUUUCUAUCCCAAUUUCACUUCCUGUUCCUCUUCAUUCGGACAGUCAGACGGCUAUUCAUAUCGCAAAAAAUCCUGUUUUUCAUGAAAGAACUAAACAUGUCAAACUAGACUGUCAUUUCGUUGGACAAUAG